CGGGCAUCCUGCAUUGUUCCCUGGCAAAACAAAAAAGGCUGACGACGGUCCCAAGCCUGCCAGAAAUCUCAACUCAACCAUCCUCGAACCCGGACAGGGUUCGAGCAAUAUACAAGAAAACAUAAACCUGGUCGUACGUUUUUCUUCAUCAACUACCCUGGGUCACAAUGAACCCCACACCUCUAGUCCUAAAGAAAAAGACCUGUGAUUCACCAACAACUUUAUUUAUUGUUGUUCCUUCGCUUAAGCAUUUGUUUAUUAUCAGUCAGGGCCGUUAUGACUUUUUGAAAAGCGACCGGUUAAAAGCGAAAAUUCUUUCCUGUGAAUUCUGAUGAUCGUCGAUUAUAAUGGUGUUGUGAAAAUUUUUUUUAAUUGAACAGAAUUCUCCUGCAAAAUGGAUAAGUCUGAGAAAAAGUCGACAAACAAGUCGACUGUGAAAGUGAAAACAGUUUUCCGAUGCGUGUGCGGUAAGAAGAGAUUUGAUGGGUACCAUGACCAUCCCCACUUUAGACGCAGCACUGAAAAUGAAGAAGGAGAAUUAGAGCAACACGAAUCACUCCCGUUCCACAAUCCAGAGUGGGAACUAUCCAUUGAGUGCCCGAUCUGCGAAAAAGUCAUCGGAGCUCAUUCAGCCCACGAUCACAUACAGAUGUGCUUCAGAAAGCACAAAACUUCAACAAGGAACUUGAAGAACACUGCUUACAUGCUUCAGAUGAACUAUUUCCAAAAAGGCCCGCCUGUAGUCCAGAAAUCUUUCUUUGAUGUUGACGAAGACCUGACGCCCUACAUCAAUGGGACUAAAAUGAUUUUCAGUUCAGGAGAGUCUGACGACGAGACGACUACAGACAGCACUACUUCUGAGCAUUCAGCUGAGGAUAAGGCAGAUGAAUCAGAGGAUCCUGCUGAUGAGGGCCCUGUCCCGAGUGACGAGGAGAGGGAGGAAUUGGUUGCAGUCCCUGGAGAUGGUUGAGAGCGUCAACCAGAUGUUGAUUCUGAGGCCGUCGAGAACAGCGCAGAAAGAUUUGCUGAGGAGAUUACUGUGAAUAAGGAAAAAACUGUUGUUUGUGAGCGAUGAAGCUUCCUUUGUCCAGCCCACCGUGACAAUUUUUAAAAAAUAGUAUCCUGUCUUUUAUUUUUUUGUUUCAAAAAGUAGCUGCAUUUAUUUUUUAACUCCAUGUGAUGCAAGCUAAAGGGAAAAAUAAACUUUUGUAACCCUUCAAUUAUAUCAAAGAUAAUUGGCAUCAAUUCAAUUUCUGUGAAAUCAGUUCUGUUUAAUUAAUGGACUGAUGAAUGUUACUCUUCAAGUACUUAAUCUGGUUUUUUUAUUAAUUAAAAAACAUGAAAGUUGUGAUAUGAAUGGGCUGUUAUAUAAAUUUAGAAUAGAGAACAAUUGAUUAAUUUAUAAGCACAUUAAAACAUUUAGUGAAAUUUAAUUAGCAAUGAGUAUCAUUUCUGAAUUUAAACAUUAUCAACUAACACUAACAUGCUAUCAGAAAUCAAACUCACAUUCUUCUGCAACUGCAUAAAUCAGAAAUUUUUUCA